GACGAUGUGUACGAGUGCCGUUGCAUAUAAAGCGACUGAAGUGAAACUGCAAAUUCUGCAGUAUACUCUUCACAUAAAAAGCUUGGCUGUUAUAAGGCUAAAGAUAGAUUUUUAAGGCGUUUGGCAAUAGUCGAUUGCCACUCUUUCGUUCGCUCAAUUUUCGUAAUUUCGCACGAAUCGAGCUACACCCACACACUGCGGGCAUAUCUAGCCAAGUACAACCUUCUUUGCCUCGUAAAUCCGCUCCGUAAUUCGUGGUCAGCAUGCAGGCAGAUGGAAAAUACAUUCUCUUCAAAGGGCUUCUGGUUCCCAAGCUCAGCCAUUCAAGUGAAAGUUUGCAAUACGCCGCAGACUUUCAGGUUAGGGAUGAUGACAUUUUCGGAGUUACAUAUCCAAAGUCUGGUACAACAUGGAUGCAGGAGAUCCUGCCGUUAGUGCUGAAUGGGGGGGACCUGGCCCCCGUACACAGCAUUCCUAACUGGGACCGGGUUCCCUGGCUGGAGGAGACCCGGGCUGCUCUGAUCCUGGACAGCCAGCCCCCCCCACGGGCCAUAGUGUCCCACUUACCCUACUGGCUCAUGCCCCAGUCUUUCUACCAGUCCAAGGCCAAGGUGAUCUAUGUCACCCGUAACCCCAAAGAUAUUGCAGUGUCAUCCUUUCACUUCCACAAGAUGGCUAGUUUUCUCGAUGACCCUGGAACCUUCGACGAGUUCCUGGAAAAAUUUCUCUCAGGACAGGUACUUUUUGGAAAGUGGACAGAUCAUGUGAAAAGCUGGAGAAACCCUGAUAUUGAAGAUAGGAUUCUCUAUGUGACAUAUGAAGAAAUGGUGCAGGACCUUAAGGGAGUCUUGUCCCAGUUUGCACGAUUCCUGGGCCGAGAACUGACUCCAGAGGCCCUGGAGAAGGUGGCCAGUCACUGCCAGUUUAGCAGUAUGAAGAACAACGCCAUGUCCAACUACUCUCUGGUACCACAGGAGAUCAUGGACAGCAGCAAGUCCCCAUUCCUCAGGAAAGGAAUUGUGGGGGACUGGAGAAACCAUUUUAGUCCUGAGCAGGAAGCCAGGUUCUCUGCCAUCGUAAGAGAGGAGAUGAAGGGAAGCAGCUUCCAGUUCUCCUGGGACAAGGAGUGAAAGGAGCAGAGCACCUCCAUUAGCAGUUAGAGCUGAUAUCUUAUGUAGCUAAAAUAAAAAAAAAAUCUUAAUGCUUUUUUGACAAGUCACAGUGCUCAGAUAUUAAUCUGAACUAGAAGUUUAAGAUGAAAGUAACUAUGUAUCUGGAAGUUAAUGCUCAAUAUUUCUAUAUUUCUUACUUGGCUUUGGCAGCUCAAAGUAUCUUCAGAGGAUAAUUGCAGUUUUUAUUCUGUCAUUUAAGACGUUUACACAAGUGUUUGGAUCUGUUUUUCAGCCUCAGACAGAUCCUUCAGAUUAAGGCUUUAACCUUUUAAUGAGCUUUUACAAAUUAAAUCAUUAUUACUUUC